GUCCUCCCAAAUAAAACUGAAAUCGGCCUCUAAACCAAUUCCAAAAAAGUAAAUAAAUCUAACCGUAAUACAAGGAGAGGAGGUUCGAUUGGGGGAAGGGAAGACGAGCACUUCAACUCCAGAUCAAAUCCGAUUCAAACCCAGAUUUUACAAAGAAUCUGGGUUUGGAUAGAUUCAGGGAGAUCGGGGAAGCGGAAAACGGACCCAGAUUUUAAAACCUUUCUCGUUUUCGCUGUCGGUCGGAUCUCCUUCUCUCUGGCUCAACAAUGGCGGAGGUGACGAACAAGAAGAAGUACAUUACGAGCGAGGAACUGAAGAAACACAACCAACCGGGAGAUCUGUGGAUCUCGAUUCAGGGCAAGGUCUACGACGUCACGGAUUGGGUUAGAUCUCAUCCCGGAGGAGACGCUCCGAUCCGGAAUCUCGCCGGACAAGACGUCACCGACGCGUUCAUCGCCUACCAUCCCGGCACGGCGUGGGCCCACCUCGACAAGCUCUUCACCGGUUAUCACCUCCGUGACUUCCAUGUCUCCGACAUCUCACGGGACUACCGCCGCAUGGCCGCCGAGUUCUCGAAACUCGGCCUCUUCGAGGACAAAGGUCACGUGACCCUCUACACACUCACCUGCGUCGCCGUCAUGUUCCUCGCAGUCAUCUAUGGCGUUUUGGCCUGUACCAGCGUGUGGGCCCACCUUGUCUCCGCCAUCCUCCUAGGGUUCCUCUGGAUCCAGAGCGCCUACGUGGGUCACGACUCCGGCCAUUACAACGUCAUGAGGAGUCGUGGUUACAACAAACUGGCUCAGCUUCUCUCCGGCAACUGUCUCACCGGAAUCUCCAUUGCUUGGUGGAAAUGGACCCACAAUGCCCACCACAUCGCCUGCAACAGCCUUGACCACGACCCUGAUCUCCAACACAUCCCUGUUUUCGCUGUCUCGACCAAGUUCUUCGCCUCCAUGACGUCGAGGUUCUACGGUCGGAAACUCAGCUUCGAUCCUUUGGCCCGGUUCCUGAUCAGCUAUCAACACUGGACGUUUUACCCCGUGAUGUGCGUGGCUAGGGUCAAUCUCUUUGUCCAGACGUUCUUGCUUUUGUUCUCGAAGCGUCACGUCCCCGACCGGGCAAUGAACAUCGCCGGCAUUUUGGUGUUCUGGGCAUGGUUUCCUCUCCUCGUAUCGUGUCUCCCCAACUGGCCCGAGAGAUUCAUGUUUGUGCUGACGAGCUUCGCCGUCACGGCUCUGCAGCACGUGCAGUUCUGUCUGAACCACUUCGCCGCCGACGUCUACACCGGUCCACCUAACGGGAACGACUGGUUCGAGAAGCAGACGGGUGGGACAUUGGACAUAGCGUGUCGGUCGUGGAUGGACUGGUUCUUCGGGGGUUUACAGUUUCAGCUCGAGCACCAUCUCUUCCCGCGUUUGCCGAGAUGCCAUCUCCGGCGGGUUUCUCCGGUGGUCCGGGAGCUAUGCAAGAAGCACAACCUUCCGUACAGGAGCCUGUCGUGGUGGGAAGCUAACGUCUGGACCAUUAGGACGCUGAGGACGGCAGCGAUUCAGGCCAGGGACGCGGCCAACCCCGUCGGCAAGAACUUGGUCUGGGAAGCCGUGAACACACAUGGCUGAGAUCGAGAUCGGGAUAUUUGUUACCUAAAAAGUUUUUUUUUGUGCUUUUAUUGUUUUAUAUAUUUUUUUUGUCCUUUUGUUAAGGGGAAAAAAUGGAAGAUCCGUUAGAAUUUGAAGUUGAAAUUAUUUUAUCACAUACUGUUUGCAUAAUUAUAUAGGGUUAUAUCAUAUGUAAUCUUCCCAGCUCUGUUUGUUUGGAUAUCAGAAAUAAUAUUUUUGUAUAAACAAAUUUA